AUGAGUGAUAAUACACACCAGUUUGAUGACAUCAAAAAUGAACAUAAAAAUUAUGCUAAUUUACCCGAUGAUCAUCCAAGAAAAUUGAUACCGGAAUUAUGCAGAUUCUUUUAUUCGUUAGGAUGGGUAACAGGUACCGGUGGUGGAAUAUCAUUAAAAUAUAAUGAUUUAAUUUAUUUGGCACCAUCCGGCGUCCAAAAAGAACGUUUACAAUCAGAACAUUUAUUUGUUCAAACAGUUGAUGGUAAAACUGUAUGUGAACCAUCUGCCGAUUUGAAACUGAAACGUAGUCAAUGUACACCAUUAUUUUAUAAUUCAUUUCAUUUACGUAAUUCAGGUGCAUGUAUUCAUACACAUUCAAAAUCAGCCGUUCUUGUUACUCUUCUUUAUCCAGGCAUUGAAUUUCGUAUUACUCAUCAAGAAAUGAUUAAAGGUAUUAAAAAAGAUUCAACACCAUCAACGUAUUAUAGAUAUGAUGAAGAACUAGUAGUACCCAUUAUUGAAAAUACGUGUGAAGAAGAAAACCUCACACAAUCGAUGGCCAAUGCAAUGAAUAUGUAUCCGGAUACGUGUGCAGUGUUAGUAAGACGACAUGGUGUCUAUGUUUGGGGUGAAACAUGGAAAAAAGCUAAAACAAUGUGUGAAUGUUAUGACUAUCUAUUUGAAAUUGCUUGCCAAAUGAAACUGCAUGGAUUAAAUCCCGCAGAAAAGCCAGCAAUUACACAUGAUACAUUUUUAUGA